UGUGUAAGUUUAUCGAAUAAAAUCUCAAUGAAAUGCAUUGUCGUUUGAAGUUGGAACAUGACAAAAUGCUAAAGAUCGAGGGGUUCAAAUGCAUUUCAUUAAGUUCACUCGCUGCUUUUGUUCCACCAAAAAUUAACGCUGUGUACCUAAAUCGUGCUCAAUUUGUGUCACAGCGCCGCCUGUACGUACCGGAAAAAAAAAAAAAAAAAAAAAAAAGAAGGGGGAAUGUAUUUAUUAGCACGUCUUGCCGGGCGUGGCACGCUCCUCUCUGCCGGAGGGGAGGAGGCAACAGCCGUAGUGUGCUCCGGGGCUGCUGGAUGCUCCAUGAUGGAUGAGGGAUGACAGAUCGGGGUUAGCCGCCAGGGGAGUCCAUUUUCCUGCAGCGCACGGUCCUAUACCAGGACAGAAAACGAAGGAAGGAAGAUAAGGAGAGCGCAUCAACCGCUCCCCCCUCUCUUUUUCCCUCUUGUUUCACUCUUCCUCCUCUCCAGUGCAUCACAGUCUAGCGGGUUUUACAUACCGGCUGCACCGCAUUGACGCUGCUGCUGCUGCCGACCCAACCCAGUGAACUAACACUCAGACAGAAGCACAACUGGAAAAUAAAUGUUGCAGACCGUGGGCUUGGAAAUGCAUCAUUCUGCGUUAUUUGUCGACUCCCUUCCGGAUCCAACAAUCUCAACUCUUUGAAAGCUGACGGAGACACGGCGCUCUUGGGAUAUUUUUUGCAGCGGGGUUUGCAGAUGCAGCUCAUCAUGAGGAUGGACUAAAGCUGCGCUCGGUGAUAUAACUCCUGGAUCAUGCAGUUUCUGCAGGCUUGGACGUUAGUUAUAAUACUCGCCCAUCCACAUGUGUUGUUAUCCCUGAAAAACAAUAAUGCAGAAGUUGGGAGCCAAGACGACAGUAACAGCGGCGGCUACUCUGGCAGGACUUUCCACGGUCCGCCCCGGGAGAGCCGCCAAAACAAAGCCCGAGACCGCGCGCUCUUCCCGGGAUACGCUACAGGUGCGACCCUUAACUCCACUCGGCCGUGGAAGAGGGCGGCAAUGGGGGAAACGAGGCGAUCCGGACACGCUAAACGCGACUUCAAUAGGAGCGUGACACCCGUGGAGGAUCCUGGCGGGUUGUCCCACUGGGACGCGACGCGCCACCAUAAUAAGAGGAUAAAGUUGAAUGGUGCAGGGACGCCGGCAGGUGGACACUACAAUGCGGCUAAGCUUUCUUCAAUGGCUCGGGAAGACGGAGGAGGGGUCUCGGAGGAGGGGGACAAGCACCAGAGAGGCUCAAAGGCAGUAAAGAGGUGGAGAAACAAGCAGAACAGAAGCGCUGUGGUUAUGCCUCCGUGGGAACCCGUCCCCAAACCGGUGGCUCUCACCUCCACCGACCUCCCGUUUGACCUCUUCACCAAGAGGCCAGAGUUUUUCACCUUCAGGGAGGAGAACCCGUGGGAUGCCACUCCGAUCACCCCUCCUGGUUCGCCGGAUUUUGGAGACGAAAUCAAGAACCCGUUCUACCCAGUGACGACCGAAACUUUUGGCGCUUACGCGAUCACAUGCGUAUCCGGUGUAAUUUUCCUGGUGGGCAUAGCGGGCAACAUCGCCAUCCUGUGCAUCGUGUGCCAGAACUACUACAUGAAAAGCAUCUCCAACUCUCUGUUGGCCAACCUGGCCGUGUGGGAUUUUGUGCUCAUCUUCUUCUGCCUCCCCAUGGUGGUUUUCCAUGAGCUCACGAAGUCAUGGCUGUUGGGGGAGUUUACUUGCAGAGUGGUGCCAUACGUGGAGGUUGCCUCCUUGGGUGUGACUACCUUCACCCUUUGCGCACUCUGCAUUGACCGCUUCCGUGCAGCCACAAAUGUUCAGAUGUACUACGAGAUGAUUGAGAACUGCACAUCUACAACAGCCAAGUUGGCAGUCAUCUGGAUCGGUGCCCUCCUCUUGGCCCUCCCAGAGCUCCUCAUUCGACAGCUUGUAGCAGAGGAUACAGGGCUCCUGGACGAGCCCCCAGUUGAACGCUGUAUUAUCAGGAUAUCCACAUCCCUUCCUGAUAUGCUCUAUGUGCUUGGCUUGACCUAUGAGGGUGCUCGGCUUUGGUGGUGCUUUGGCUGCUACUUCUGCCUCCCGACUCUCUUCACCAUUGGGUGCUCGCUGGUAACGGCACGCAAAAUUAGGCACGCCGAGCAGGCCAGCGUUCGCAGCAAUAAGAAGCAGAUCAGGCUGGAGAGCCAGAUGAACUGCACGGUCGUGGCUCUGGCAAUCGUGUAUGGUGCAUGUGUGGUGCCCGAAAACAUAUGCAACAUAGUAUCUGCGUACAUGGCGGCUGGUGUUCCAGAGCACACCAUGUCCGUCCUGCAUCUUCUCUCUCAGCUGUUGCUGUUCUGUCGGGCCGCCGUGACACCGGCGCUGCUGCUUCUGCUGUGUCGUCCAUUAGGGAGAGCAUUCCUGGACUGCUGCUGUUGUUGCUGCUGUAACCACGUACCCUCUUCAGCCACAGCCAGUGAUGAUAACGAGCACGAGUGCACUACUGAACUGGAGCUGUCGCCGUUCAGUACUAUCCGCAGGGAACUGAGUAACUACACACCUGCUGGCUCCAACUGCUGAGCUGACAGCCCCGUUCAGGAAGGGCGAUUUAACUGGCCUGUUCGAGGCUUGUGUUUCUUGUGCUUGGCUAGGAGAGAUUUUGCCUUAUCUAGUCUCCACGCAUUUUGUAAAUGAGCGCACAAAUGAGGUUGGACACCAAAAAUGAAAAUCACCUUUAGCCAACGGCCCACAAGUCUCAACAUUUUAAAACUCUAACCUUUAUUUUCCAAGAACAGCUAACAAAAACAAAAUAUUUUUCACACUCACAGCCCUGGGUGCUAUUCAAACAAGGACAAUACAUAUUUUUAGCAAUCCUGCCUGAAACCUUUAAAACUCACAAACCUCCACUCUGUAGGGCACUUGUGCCCUAAUGUAAGGAGAAGUUGGCUUGGCCCCUUUACCCUUCUGGCCCAGUUUUUCUGGAAUUAUCCUAGAAGCAUAUUUCCAGCACCCACCAAAUUGAUUGAUACCCCUAGAAAAGAUGCAGCAGUUCUCAAAACAACUCAACAACAGUUGAGUCCUGUAACGGAGAACUUUGGAGAUUUUUGUAACUUACUUUUCUUUUCUUGAAUCACGUUUUCUUGAAUUUCCCAUCUUGAAAAGUGGCUGAGAGGAAUUAGCAUCUGUGUCAUUCAUGCUUGAUCAAGCUCCUCAGACUGGAAAAGAAAGUGCAAAAAAAAAAAAAAAAUCACAUUAAGUAUUGGUUAAUCAUAACCAGGCUUUAGGUUGCACUUCAACAUCCAAACGGAUGAAUCAGGAGCAAGAAACCAAACGGAGUUAGCAAAUUGUUGAAAAUGCAAACAUUAAAACCAGUAACUUUAAAAGGUCAAAUAUGUGCACAAAUCUGGCUUUCACAUCAAAACUUUAAAACAUCUUAAGAAAAAGGAUCCCAGACUUCUUAACCCAGAUGAUGGCAUUUACUGAUGCUGAUUGCAAACCUUUAAUACAAUAAGACGACAUCUGAAAAGAAAUCCUACUGGAGAUGUUUUCUAUAAAGACCAGUGGAAUCGGCCUGGGGAGUUUCAGUUUGUGCAGUGACGUGAAGCCUAUGUGGGGAUGUUGAAGCGGGCAUCCCUCUUGUCUAAGGGGCCUUGUCUGUGUGAUGAUGACUGGGUAUUUCAACUGGACAGUGCUGCAGUUGACAACACCCUUCUCACAAAAGACUUCUACCAGGAUAACAACAUUGCUCUUCUGGAGCAUCCUGCAUAUUAAACCAACUUAAGUUCCUUUAAAAGCAUUUAGGGAAGGGAGCUGAUGCACAGCCUUUUGAGUUUCAAAACAAUUUUCAAUCAUAUGCCUUUUUUUUUAUUUUUCCUCUUGCUCUUGUUUCUUGUUUUGCAUUUAAAGUUCAAUUUAUAGCCUGAUUGUGAUCAGGGAUUAUGACAUGUGAAGAGCCAUAACUUUUUUCUUAGUCUUGAAAUUUUGAUCAGGAAUGUCUUUAAAGCAGCAGCAUGUAACUUUUAUAAAAUCUGUCCUUAGAAUUUUGUUAAAAAUGAUUCACUAUGUUGUGAUAGUAUAAUGAGACUAAUAAUCUGGGGGAAAAAACCCUGUGGUCCUGCUGUUUUCUGAACAAAUACAUCACUCAUACAUCAAACAACCAAUCAGAGCUAGGAGGAGGGUCUUAGCGCUGUUAAUUGCCCUUGUUAAUGCUGCUCACAACCUCCCCAUUUUCUCUGCUAAGAUGCAGCUGGUUCACCACAACAGAGCCUGAAGAAUGCUUAGGGAUACCUAGCAUGAUCACCGAUGUCGGUUGAUAAACAUUUUUUCUGGAAAGGAAAGUUGAUUCUCUACUAUUACCACAUUAACGAGCGCAUACACAAGGAUGAUUGACAGUACUAAGACUCUCCUCUUGGCUCUGGUUGAUUGUUCAUGACUAGGCCAUGCAAUUCUUCAGACAGUAGUAGUAGUCCAGACUGGAGUUCAAGGAGCACUUUUCACAUUUUAUCCCUCUCAUAUUAUACCGUCACAACAUGGUGACAGUUUUAACAGAAAUGUAAGCAACAUAUUUUUGUAAAAGUUAUAUACUUUAGCUUUAAAGGAAGUUGAGGAUUACCAUUUAAAAGUUCAGCGAUACUCUAACUACUCUGUCUAGAAAAGAGUUAAGUUUAUGUCAAAAAUGCUUUUCUGUUACCUUUACAGGAAUUGCCAGGGUGCUGUGGGUUUACCCUCCUGCUGUUAUCAUAAGUCAUAAUUUAAGGUCAACAUUAAAUUCUGUGUGAAAUUAUAAUGCAGGGGUUUUUACUUUUUUAUGAGGGGUGCCAAUAAAUGUAAAUAAUAAGGCAGUUUGUUUAAAAAAAAUGUAAACACAAAUGUCCUUUGCCUUUACAAAUAAUGUUUCUAUACAAAGAAUCCCUGUCGCCAUCAACCUAGAAGAGAAUGAUUCCUAAUCACCUAAAAAUUGUGCCACUGUUUAUUAACAAGACAAAGAUUAAUUAUUGUGUGUAUUUUGUACAAACUCUCAGAUACAUCGUCCUUCUAAAAGGCCUGCACUGCCUACUCAAGUACACAACUGUGUUUACAGACUGAAUCAGUACAAAUGUACAGUUCCUAUAAUACAGCAGUGCACAUAAGGGAGUGAGGCUUACAAUUAUUAAAAAAAAAAAUGGUUCUGGUGGUUUGCAGAAAAAAAACCAGACGGGUGUCUGUCCUGGAGAAUUCGGAUGUACACAACGACUUUUAGGACUGUUUUACAAAAACGUCUGGUCGAUCCA